AUGGUGUCAGUGGAAGGCUACACGUUUGACAGACAGAAGCUCACUGUCCCUCUUCACCUCCAACAUAUGAUCCCCGUUGACACCCACGGUGCGAUGCAGCGAAUCCGCACCACUGCCAUGGUUGCCCUUCACCAUCUCAAGCUUAUUGAAAAGCUUCACAGAAAGAGACACCAAGCUAUGUGCCCCCGCUCCCUCAUAGAGCAUUACAACCUGCAUGUGGAAUCUGUUGAGCGCCUUUUCAACUGGAAAUCCAGCCCAAAAUCACACGACUCUAGCCUCACUCCGGUAUCGAAGAUCUCACGCGAUGUUCUUCAUUUCCAUAUCAACCAACACGCCUACGACGCAUACGCCCGCUCUUACACUGCGACCCUCGAGAUGUACAUAUCCGGCCCUUAUAAAGAGUGGCUCGACGCGAAGCGUAAUUUCGAGAAACGAAUGGCCAACGCCGGUCUUAGUGAGAAGGAUUACCACGAGUGGCAGAAGUGGUGGACGACAGUGUUCCUGGCUGAAAUGGCGAAGUGGGAAAACCAGUUGCCCAAGUUGGCUCUGCCAUCCUGGGAGGAAGCCAUUGAUGAAAUCCAUCAGGUUUUUCUGGAGAGGGUUGAGCCUGGAACUUUUCCCGAGUUCUAUAUCAGUUCUGAUGUCCAGGUGCAUGGGGUGUAA